CACCAUAAAUCAUUUUCUUCUCCCCAAAUUCAUUAGACUCUGCAUGAAGCGGUCCACUCCACGUGCCCCCACUCUCUCUCCCUCUCUCUCUCUCUCCAUUCUUCUUUCCUUCUUUGCUUCUCUUCUCCACCGCCGUUUCCCACACUUUCUCACUUUCCCGGCAAAAAUGUAACUGCACGCGUUUUGCAUGCCACCGCACGCUCUGCCACUGUGCUUGUUAGUUUCUAACCGAAUGGUUUUUGUCUUCUCAUUUAAAUAAUAACAAAAAAGCAACACAGAGAGUAACUGAGUGAAGACUACAAUUACAGUGAAAAGUCCUCCGAAACCCCUCAAUUCUUUCGGGAAGACGCGAUUUGUUUUGUCCUCUGGCGCAUUCGAAACUACACCGACUUCCGCGGUGUUUUUGUUUAUCUCUUCUAUUCUCUCUCUUCUCACUCUCACACUGCACCGCUUAAAAUUUGGAUUUGACAUCGAGCUCUAAGCGCCAAUCCAUUAUUGCCUCUCUAAUUCACAGGUUUUUGUCUUCGAUUUGCGUGCUUCUUUUAUUGAUCGGCGGUUUUCUUUGUGAUUUUGAGUUUUCAGUAGUUAUGGCGUUUGAGCAAACCUCUGUUCCUGGCGGCGAUGUUGUGCGGCCACUGAAUUCAGUAGCGCGUAGUGUGGCGGAAGAGUCUCUCGUUUUGCCGGUGUCUACGGCGGUUCCUGGCGCGGUGCCGAUUUUCUAUCCUGCGUCUGUCUCUGAUGCUGGCUUGGUUGGAAUGGGGUAUGGGAAUGUGACUUCGGGAGGUGGCGGUGGUGCUGCCACGUGGUGUGUGCGUCCCGCUGUGCCAAUUCAUAAUCAUAAUCCCUCUGUGAAUCCUGCUGUUGGGUUUGUUCACGCUCCUAGUUUUCCCAAUAGGGUUGGUGCUGUUGGUGGCAAUGCUGUUGAUGUUUCGAGUAGUUUUGUGGCUGCUAGCCAUGGGUUUCCUAUGAAUUUGGGGGGUAACUGGGUUGCAUCGGGUAAUGGCUUGGAUAGUAUUAAUAAUAAUGAUGUUAAUAAUAGUAAUAAUAACAAUAAUAAUGCUGUUCCGGGGAACAACAGAGUCAUUAGCAAUUCUGGUGAUCAUGUUUGUGGUGUUGGGGUUGGUUCCAUUUCCAAUACACCUUCAAGCCAGCGGACAGAUCAGACGAAUGAGGAGGGUGGGGAUGAUUCGAUUUCAGGGCGGAAAAUGAAGUUGAUGUGCAGUUAUGGUGGGAAGAUUUUGCCUAGGCCCAGUGAUGGGAUGUUGAGAUAUGUCGGAGGGCAGACAAGGAUCAUAAGUGUUAAGAGAGAUGUGAGUUUUAACGAUUUGGUGCAGAAGAUGGUUAGUACAUUUGGGCAGAAUGGGGUUAUCAAAUAUCAGCUCCCUGACGAGGAUCUGGAUGCAUUGGUUUCGGUUUCCUGCCCUGAUGAUCUGGAGAAUAUGAUGGAGGAGUAUGAGAGGUUGAUUGAGAGGUCUCCUGACGGUUCUCCCAAGUUAAGGGUCUUUCUUCUUUCUGCUUCAGAACUUGAUCCUUCUGGUGUAGCACAGUUUGUAAAUUUGCAUGAUGGUGGACUGAAAUAUGUUGAAGCUGUGAAUGGAAUUGCUGAUGGGAUUGGUGGCAAACUAACCAGGAAAGCGAGUUAUACAAGCGCAGUAUCUACACAGAAUUCUGAUUUUAGCGGGAUAGAUGCUCUUGAUAGCUUGAAUGCUGCUCAAGGGGAUGUCAGUGGGGUACCUGUACCUAUGCCCAGUUCUUUAUCACCUGAGGGGAUCGUGGUUGCUUCUCAUGAUGGUACUUCAAAUUCUGUGGUUCCUGAGCCUGGUACAUCUUACACAGAGGCCUCUGCGGUUCCAAUGGGCAUUCCUGUAAGUAAUUCUGGUCCAACUCACAUUCCACCUCUCCAGAAUGAGGUUGAGUUAGAAAAGUCUGUACCUGUUACUUUUUCUCAGCCUCAAUUUGGGUUGCAACAAUCUGGUUUGGAAAUUCCACCAUCUGCACCUUUGCAAACUUCUGUUGAUCAUCGCCAGGAGGUUAUGAACCAUGCAGAUUAUGUCCAGCUGCCUCCCCAUAUGGGAUUCCUGAAUCCUCAACUUCUGGGUAAGCCUGGCUCCAUCUACUCCCAACAUCAAUUUCAUGACAAUACUUCUCGUUUUGGGUCCCAUCAGGUAAUCCCUGCAGUGCAAAUGACCAUGACUCAGCCAUUUUCUCAUGCUGGUUUAAGACCUAGUGUUAUUCAACCACAACCAUUCAUGCAACCUCAGCAAAACCGUUUGGACCAUUAUAUUGAUGAAAAUGCUUCAGGGCUAAGGAUUCACCAGGUUCCUGCUGAACAAAGUUACAAAACAUUUCAGGUUCAAGUCCCUUUUGGUGGUAAUUAUCGUUGGGUUCAGGUUCCUUCAGCAGAGCAUGUGAUCUUUUCUGAUGCAUUCGUACCUCAACAACCAAUGAUGAUCCCUGAGAAACUCCAACGAGUGGAGGACUGUUAUAUGUGUCAGAAAAAGCUGCCUCAUGCACAUUCAGAUCCUGUGGUUCAGGAUCAGCGAAAUAGCUGUGCUGGUCCAAUUUCUGAUUCAAUCCCAAGUUUCUAUAGUCUCCCUACGGAGGACAAUUCUAGGGCUCAAGCAACAAAUAUGGUUUUGGUGUCUGCACCAAUGAAGGAAGACAGUGUUGAACAAGCAGUUGUGACCAGACCCAAUGUCCUUAGCAAAUUAGAUACUCCUGCUGGAGCAGCUUGUACAGACACAACUGGUCUUUCUUUGGAGCUUGAAGGUGAGACAGCUUUUAUACAAAAGCUGGACAGGUCUGAUCAUUCCAGGAAUGCAGUUAACCAGGAAACAGUUGUAAGAACAGGAGAAAGACAGUUGCCAAGUGAUGGGCUGAUGGGAACAGCACCGUAUUCUUAUCGAGAUGAUAUCACCCGCCAGCAUAUGGUGCCACUUGAAAGCAGGUCUAAAGAGGAUUCUCUUGUGAAUAAACCUGUUAGUAAUGAUAUACCUUUAGUUGUUGGCACAUCUGUUGAAAAUUCUGAUUGUAUGGUUAAAGAAUGUCCAAUAGAAUAUACAAAUGAACUUCCUAGCACUACUUCAAAAGCAGAUGCCAUGGAGAAUUGGAUAGCACAAGAUCUUCUCAAACCUAUUGAUGGAAGAAUAGACAACCUGAAAAUAGGUAAUCCUGAAAAUUUUCUAAAUAAUGAUAAAUUUGAUUACGGCACUCAACAUGUUGCAGAGAAGAAAGGGGUGCCUCUAGAUAACAACCUUGGGAAGUCAAAUUUGAUCACUGAUGCUGAUCAAAUUAAUAUGAUGGAUAUGCUUCCUAGUUCUACAGUGGAAAUUUCAUAUGGGAAUAAUUCCAGGCCAGUGGAAUAUAAUGAGGUUAUACAACCCUCUGUUUGGGGCAUACCUGGAUCAAAUCCUCAGCCAAAGAGUGGAAACCAUCUCAGGGAGGAUGCAGUUUUAUCUUCAGUUCCUCCAUCUGCUAGAUUUGGAGAGGUGAAGGAUUCUUCAAACUCACUUUUUAGCAAUCAGGAUCUAUGGAAUAUACACAGUUCAUACUUUCCACCUCCGAGACCUAACAAAGUUGCAUUGAAGAAAGAAACCUAUUCAAAUAAGGAUCAACUUGGUGAGAAUCUUGGCUUCAACGGGGAACAAAAUUUAGAAGCUCAAAUAGACAAUGACCUCUAUCAGACACUCAAACAGAAUUUAACUUUGGAAGAAGCUCGACCUGCCGCCAAGAUCUCAUCAGAAGACCGACAACUUCAAGCCGUUGCUGAAGGUUUAGCUGCUUCCGUUCUGCACUCGAGCACUUCUUCAAAUCUUGAUUUGAAUGCCAAAGAUGUGUCCCAUCAUGAGGACGUUGGCGAUGGAGAUGUUCAAAAUAAUCUAAUAGAUAUACAGCAUAAAGAUAAAAUUCAGGAUCUCAAAAGCAAGCUCCCAGAGAAAUUAAAUUUUGGCUUUCCAGUAUCAGAUGUUGGAGCUUUGCAGGUUAUAAAAAAUUGUGACCUUGAAGAGCUGAUAGAGUUGGGUUCUGGGACCUUUGGGACUGUAUAUCAUGGAAAAUGGAGGGGCACUGAUGUUGCAAUAAAGCGGAUUAAUGAUAGGUGUUUUGCAGGAAAACAUUCGGAGCAAGAGCGCCUGAGAGCAGACUUUUGGAAUGAGGCAAUCAAGCUUGCUGACUUGCAUCAUCCAAAUGUGGUAGCAUUCUAUGGUGUUGUGCUUGAUGGCCCCGGAGGUUCCGUGGCAACAGUGACGGAGUAUAUGGUUAAUGGUUCUCUAAGAAAUGCAUUGCAGAAGAAUGGGAGGAAUCUUGACAAGCGCAAGCGGCUGUUGAUUGCCAUGGAUGUGGCCUUUGGCAUGGAGUACUUGCAUGGAAAAAAUAUAGUACACUUUGACUUGAAAAGUGACAACUUGCUCGUGAAUCUCCGAGAUCCACACCGUCCAAUAUGCAAGGUUGGUGAUUUGGGUCUGUCCAAAGUAAAAUGCCAGACUUUAAUAUCCGGCGGAGUUAGAGGAACUCUACCUUGGAUGGCCCCAGAACUACUGAAUGGGAGCAGUAGUCUUGUAUCAGAGAAGGUUGAUGUGUUUUCGUUUGGUAUUGUUAUGUGGGAACUGCUCACGGGAGAAGAGCCGUAUGCUGAUUUGCACUAUGGGGCCAUUAUAGGUGGUAUAGUAAACAACACUUUAAGACCUCCAGUACCAGAAUCUUGCGAUCCAGAAUGGAGACUGCUAAUGGAGAUGUGCUGGUCAUCAGAACCAUCAGAAAGACCUUCUUUCACUGAGAUUGCCAAUGGAUUACGUUCCAUGGCAACCAAGAUUUCUCCUAAAGGACAAAAUCAACAGCAGCAACCUGCCUCAUCGCUGAGUCAAGCGCAGAAAUAAUUUCCAACAACUGCAGUGUGCUUAAUUCCUGUUUUGGAUCUGAUUUGUGUUUUUCGUCGAUUCUGUGGAUCAAUCCUUUGUUGAAUAUAUACAAUAGAAAACGUUUGCAAUUUUCAGACAGACGGUAAGGUAAGGUUAAUAGUUGUCGGUCCUUUUAGCACUGCUACAUAUUCUUGUAUUACACCCAAAACUCAGUGAAUAUCAUGGGUCGUACUAGUUAACAGAAAAAGAAAGAUAUUGAUUUUUUUUUUUUUUUUUUUUUUAUAGAGGUUGUAAAGAUGGACAUUGUAAAGAGUUAAAAAACACUUAACAGUAAUGUUGUUACGGUUACUGUUUUGAAGUGAUUAUUUUGAUUUUGAUAGAAAGGGAAGAAUUUUAAGUGAUUACAUGAUCCUUA